GCGAUAUGAUGAAAAUAUUGAAUCAGCGCAGAACCUCGUCAAAGAAAGGCUUCGACGAUAUUGCGAGUAUGUUCGAAAGCUUCACAACACAGUGCAAGUUUGCAGUGGAGAUGAUAUCCAAUGACUUUAUGAAAAACGAAGUGUCUGAAAAUGUGCAAAAUGAAAAGAUCAAUUCCAACACUCACUCAAAAAGCAAAAUCCGCUCUCCGUCAUUGAGAUCAAUGUCUUCGACCAAUAACGGAAGUAUCGUAAUCAGAAAAGUUUUACAUGCCGAUGGUGACCGAUACUUCGGUACUUGUCUAGACUUGCAGAUGCAUGGCUUGGGAUCAGUAUGGUAUGCAAACGGAGACAGGUACAUUGGUCAACUGAAAAAAAAUCUUCGUCAUGGAUAUGGGAAAAUGGUCUGGUCAGAUGGACAUAUUUAUGAGGGACUUUGGAAAGAAGAUCUCAUUUGUCCAGGAGGUCGACCAAGUAAUGACCCUUUUGGAGUUGUGAACCCCUACAAGCCAGUCACUCCCAACAAAGCUUCCAGGAGAUUGCCAUUCAGCGCAAACAUGUCCCGCGUAAACAUGCAACGCAGACUUAGCCAGGUUCCCAUUGUGGACAAAGAGACUAAUGCCAUCUCAAACCAACAGAAUGAGAAGUGU